CGACCAUGGCGGCGGCGCAUAGAUCCACAAACCAAACCAAACAUCAGACCAAACAAUAACUAUCGACGCGGGUCGACUCGACACGCCUUGACGGCAAGCACCGCCCACUUCUUACGUGAAAGACUCAGUCAAUUUAGUCAACUGCAAACUGUAAACUGUGUACGGUACAGUCACUCACGGUCACAUUUUCUCUCACCGACACAAUGAUGAAUCCGUCGUCCCCUCCCUCGCAUGGCAUCGCCAACGCUACGACUCGUCAACGGCAACGGGUCGGGGGAGACUUUCCCUAUCGAGACGAUCCGAACGCCCCACCAUCGGUGCGAUUGGAAUCCUUCACACCCGGCGGAUACGGUCCCUCCCACGUCGACGCCGGUAGAGGCACGUCUAUGGAAAAAACCAAGCGCCUUUCCGUCUCGCGGCGUUGUUGGAAUACUGUUGGUGACGCUUGUCGUCGCUGUCAACACGGCAAGCGAUCCCCCCACACAGACGACACACUUUACUACCACGACGACUUUAACGACUUGCCCUGGAGUUGUUCCUUCGGCACUUCCGACGAUCACGGAAUCUGGCUCAACCAAUCCGACCCUGCCGGAACCAUCAUGUGUCUACUCGUAUGGGUACUCAUUGGCUAUUCCACCCUCACCGUCACACUACUGGCACAAACUGGCGGUAUUUCCUCCGCCUCCUCCGCCCUCUACACCAUCCUCGCUGCACUCGCACUGGCAUCGCACGUCAAAACAACCCUUUCCGAUCCGGGAUCCGUGCCCUUUUCGGCCGUACCCACCGAAACCCAACGAUACGCACACGACAAACUCACCAUGUGCAGUCAGUGCCAAACAUUCAAACCUCCCGGAUCACACCACUGCCGUAUCUGCAACCGAUGUAUAUCCCGCAUGGAUCACCACUGUCCCUGGAUGAAUAAUUGCGUCGGAGUCGGAAAUUUCAAAUUCUUUCUCCUCUUUUUGAUAUACACCUGGACCAUUUCCGUAUUGUGCUUACUACUCAUGGGCUACAAUUACUUUUUCUGUGCCGACGACACCUGUGUCUUUACCCUCGUCUUGACGCAACUCGUCCGUAUUAUGACCGUCUUAUCCAUCGGAUCCUUUCUCUUUACCUCCUCCAUGCUCAUGAACGUCACGUACGGAGUCAUGACCGGCGUGGGAACCAUUGAUCGUCUCAAGAAAAAGGCCAACGGCACCAUGGCUGAAUCAGACGAGGAACCCAUACAGUUGCACGACAUUUUUGGCAUUGGCCCCUACUACACCUGGCCCUUCCCCACCGACCCUUGUUUUGAAGACUACGAUCGCGUGGUGGGAUACUCCACACCGCAACGCUUGCUUCGCGAGCAAAUGCGCAACCACAGUAGUAAAAGCGUCGGCGGAUCCUCUUGGGUCACGGGGAUGGACGGCGAUGACUCUGUACAAACCGGACGAGACAGUUUCGGUAUGCCGGUAUAG